CUCCGCCUGGAAAGAUGGCUGCUCCGGCGGUGGUGAGAAGCUCCGGCCCGCCGCUCUGCCCGAGCUUCGCGGAGGUCUGCUCGUUCCUGGAGAGGUACGGACCGGCGCUGGACCUUCCCGAGAUGACUUUCCCGCAGAUGGAACGAUAUCUGCGCGACACCGCGGCAGUUCCUAAACCUCUGGUGGAUCUUCAUGUGAAGCUGCUCAGAAAACUGGGGAAGUCUGUGACCACCGACCGCUGGGAGAAAUACCUGGCUAAGGUUUGUCAGGAGCUGAACAGCACGUGGGCCUGGGAGCUGGAGCAGAAGGGGUACCAGGAGAUGUCUAUGGAGUGCAAGUCCAGCAUCCUGAAGUAUCUGUGUGAGUGCCAGUUUGACGACAACCUGAAGUUUAAGACGGUGGUCAACGACGAGGACCCAGAGAAGAUGCGUCUGCAGCCCAUCGGCCGGGACCAGCUGGGCUUGAUGUACUGGCUGCAGCUGGACCAGGAGCAGAACAUCCGGCUGUACACGGAGGAGCAGGACGAUCUGGACGGGUCCACCUGGAAGUGCAUCGUCAGGACCCGCAACGACCUGGCUGAAGCUCUGGAGCUGCUGAAGGCUCAGAUAGAACCGAACCAGAGUCAGGACCAGAACCAGGCUGCAGGUGACACUCCUGCAGAGAAACAAACCGGUGAAAACGACUUUGGAAUCAGCGACGCCAAACUCCUCACAACUACCAAGGAAGAAACUGACGAUAAGCUGAACCUUGUUAAGGAAGAGAAACCAUUCAAGCAAGGGGUGAAGCAGGAGGAGGUGCCACCCGUCAAACAGGAAAACCCAGAAUCUACGAUGAUGGACAGAAAACCAUCUGCCUUCGAUAACCGCGUCAGCACCAUCACCGCCGUCAAAUCAGAACCCGGGGACGCCACCACUCCAAAAGAUGCAGUUCCCAUCGUCAUGGCAACCACAGUGAGCUUGACUAAGCUCAGCAAGGACGAGGAAGCAAAGUUGGCCGUCGUCAGGAGCAACCAGCAGGCCAAGAUACCUCUGAAGAAGAGGGACCUUAAGCUUGCUGACAGCUUCCAUAGCAACCACCUUAACAACAGCAGCAGCAUCAUCGUGUGUAACCCCGCAGCGAUCAGCAGCAAAGACGGGAAGCUGCUCAACUCGUUAGGACCCCAAGGAGGUCCGGCGUCUUCACAGCAGCAGGUCGUCAUGGCGCCCAGGCAGGAACUGACUAACGGAAGAGCUUCUCACCUGCCUCACAAAGAGGGACAAAACGGGGUCAUGGGGGUCACAGGGCAAGUUGUUGGUCACGUUGGGGUCAUCCGCAGCCCCUCUGAGUACCACAGAGCCCCGUCUGCCGGGCAGCAGGAGCAAAACGGGCCGAGUUCAGAACCCUGUGGGCCCAGGGCCGUGGAGGAAGAUAAGGAGGUGGGUCGACAGUCGGUGCUGGUAAGGAAGGGACUGACUGGACCGGAGGCGACACCAGCAGCUACAUUCCUUCCUCCUGACCCAGCGACGGAGGAUCAGAAGUGUGGAAAGCUGCAGUCAUCAUCUCAGAAACCCGACGGACCUCCUGAAGCUGAGGAGAGAAAAGUGGGUUCUGUUGGCGUCCCCUCUGUGUCUUCAGUCACCAUAGGGAAGACGGACAAAGACCAGGACAAAAACACAAAGGAGUCAGGAGAGAGUCGUCGACAGAAAGACGAGGAUCCAGAGAAGCUGGGGAAGGAAGCACCGGAGCGUCAUGUGUCCGCAGGGGUCAAAGGUGAUCCAGGAAACAAUUCAGGAAGAGGUGACUCAAAAUUAAGCUGUACAGUUUUAUCUCUAAAGAUAAAGAAGUGGGAUAAAAUGGACCAACCGGGGCUCAACGGUGGGCUGGCGGGCCGGGUCAGGGUGAAGAGCAGUGGGGCCGGAUCGGAGCAGAAACAGGGUCCUCUGGAGGAGGCCUCCUCCGAGCUCCAGAAAGAAGGGAUCCGCUUAAAAAUCAAGAUUCCUCCCCACCGGAGAAACAAGCUGAAGAAGAAAGGAGGAAAAGAGGAGGAGGAGAAAGAGCGGGAGGUGCAUGAGGAAGGGAGGUCACUGAGGAGAUCCGCGAGGAUCUGCAGAUCAUCUGCUUUGCCAAACUGCAGGCCGAGCUCGAAGGCGGCUGAGAGUCAGAGGAAGAAGCCGCAAAAAAAACAGGCGGCGCCGGCCAAGGCGAAGGAGGAAGAGGAGGCAGAGGAGGAAGGAGACGACGAGGAGCACGGCUCACCUGCAGCGAAAGACAGAAAAGCUGGGCCUGCUGGGAAAUUUAUCAAACGAAGGGGAAAACGGAGACACGGACGACCUCGAUGGACCAACAUUCGCCCAAAGAGACGCAGACCCAACGAGGAAGAGGAGGGGGAGGACCGAGGGAGGAAACGAGGAGAGGAUGAGGACGAGGACGAAGAGGAAGGAGCGAGCCACUCUGAGGAAGAAUCGUGUAAAUCGGAGCAGAUUCCCAGCGAGGACGCCUGCACUCACUGUGGCCUCCCAAACCAUCCAGAACUGAUCCUGUUGUGUGACUCGUGUGACAGAGGAUACCACACGGCCUGCCUGCGGCCGCCGCUCAUGCUGAUCCCAGAUGGAGAAUGGUUCUGUCCCCCGUGUCAACAUAAGAUGCUGUGUGAGAAACUGGAGGAGCAGCUGCAGAAUCUGGACAGCGCUCUGAAGAAAAGAGAGCGAGCGGAGAGAAGGAGGGAACGUCUGGUGUACGUGGGCAUCAGCGUGGAGAACAUAAUUCCUGAGGGAGAGGAGGACGAAGAGGAGGAGAAAACCGUAAAGCCCAAAGAUUCCAAAAAGAGCAAAAAUCUGGGGAGAAGAUCGACCAGAACCAGAAAACACAUCAGCUACAGGUUUGAUGACUUCGAUGAUGCCAUCGACGAGGCGAUCGAGGAGGACGUCGGAGACCUCUGUGCAGGAGGAGCAGGGAGGGGCAAGGACAUCGCCUCCGUCCUCUCAGAGGACGGGAAGGACAGCCAGCGACCAAUCAGAAACCAGACCCGAUCGGCCAGGAACAGGAAGAGACGCCGACUGAACGACCUGGAGAGCGACAGCACGGCGGUGGAGAGCGAAGACGAGUUUCUGCUCAGUAACAGCUCGGAGGAUGAGGAGUUCGGUGCAUCGGGGGCAGAUGAUGACGGAGAGGAGGACGAUGAGGAUGCAGGCAGUGACGUGGGCAGCUGGGACAAAGGGCCCCGGCCCAGACGGGGGUUGAGAGGGGCACCAAAAUAUAAACCAAAGAGGACCCAACGCCGGGGCAGGAGACGGCGGCGAAGACGCUCCACUGAGGAAGAGGAGGACACCGAUAUAGAUAUGGACUCGGAUCAGUUCAGCGACAUGACCGACAGCGACGCCGAGAAAAAAAGACGGGGCUUGAGGCGGGGCCAGCAUCAGCAGGUCAACUACCGCGAGACCUCGGAGUCGUCCGACAACUCCAGGCCCUCCACCGAGCAGGUCAAGGUGAAACGCCGCGGCAGACCACGCAAAGAGCGCCUGUCAAGCGACUUCAGUGACGUGUCGCAUUCAUCUAAAGACUCAGAGGAAGAGGACGAGGAGGAAGAUGACCAGAAGAGAGGGAAAAAGAGGAGAAGAGAGGAGCGGGAGGACCUGCGGGGUAGAAGGAGGAGAGAAAAGCAGAGAGGAUACGAGGAAGAGAAGGACGCAGGAGAAGGAGGGAGAGUGAAGAAGAGGCAGCUGGAGAAGAACGACAAGAGGAGAUUAUCGCGGACAGAGAGGGAGGAGGAGGAUCUGGAGAAGAUGGGCAGGGGGAAGAGGAGGGAGAUCCUGUCGCAGCAGCGGCGCCGACGGCUCGCUCAGAUGCUGAAGAAACGACGACCUUCGACGGACGAGGACGAGGAGGAAUCUGAGGAUUCUGAAUCUUCAUCAGAAGAGGACCGUCCGAUUCGUAAAAGACUCAACCGCAUCGACUCCGAUGACGAAGAGGACGAAGGACAGAAGGCGGUGAGUAAAAGGUCCUCGGCGGCAGAGAGGAGGGCCGGCAGGAGGAACGAAAGUGACGCUCAGGAAAAGGGGAGGGGCCGGAGCCCGUCCUCGUCAAACAGACAUCAGGCCUCCAGAGGCCCAGAGAAGCCUGGGACUGGGAGUGCAACUGUGCCCCGGGACAGUGCAACCUCAAGCGGGCAGAAGCGGCACAACGGGCCCCUGCAUGAGGAUGAAGAGUACGAAGAGGAGGAGGAGGGCCAGUCGAGCUCAGUAAACUCGGUCCAGAACAGCCCUCGGUCAUGAUGGCUGCGCUCGUUUCAGAUGCUCAUCCCCCACAGACCACCUCUGAAAUCGGACCCCCCUCUCAUAUUUCUUGCUGUUGUACCGUGGUAGAGUAC